UGUGCAGGGCCCCGGGCCCGUGGCGCGGUGGCGCUUUCAAAAGGCGAUUUGUUGGCCAGGCUGAGGCUCAUUUCCAUGCAAAGCGCCUGACAUCAGAGCACCUUUUGUUGCUAAACGCUUUCUUGAGCCUGGAGGGGAGGGAGUCAUGUGGAGUUGGAAGAGCUCAUUCUUAAGAGAGGGGUCCAGGACUAACUAGCCCGGGUCCACAGGCGUCACUGUCCCCUGCCCAGCCUUACACAAACUCUCCAGUAGAGGCGAGUCGUGUGCCACCCGUAGCCGGUCCCCGAAACAGGACGCAGCACCCGUGCGGUGUGGCUCCUGUUUCCCUGGUCCCGUGAACUCCCCGCCGCAGACAGUGUUGUGGACUCCGCUCCAGCUACCCUGUUGCUGCGCCCGGCCGGGCUAGGAAAAGUUUCUGGAGUUGUCAAUCGCGGUCACCCGGGAUCGAGGUGCCAGUCUAGGCAGUGGUGCUCGUACCCAGAGGAGCCUGGGGCAUGCGACGCGGGGGCGCGGCCCGGUGACGCCGCGGGCGGAGAACUUGCGCCCCGUCUGCCGACGCGCUGCUGCGAGCCGUGGGCAGCGCGGGGACCCGGACACACGGGGACGCGGCCAUGGAGGAGGACGCGGGAGCUGCUAGCCCGGCGCCGGAGCCCGAGCCUGAGCCGGAGGUGGAUCCUGCCCGGGAGCUGGAGCCCGAGGCCGGUGUCUCUGAGUCAAUCUCCCGCCUCUGGACCGACGUGAUGGGCAUCCUGCCCUUCAGGACCUCCUGGGUCUUGCUCCUCCCUGCAGUAGUGGCCCAGGAUGGUUCCCUGGGAAACAUUGACGACCUGGCACAGCAGUAUGCAGAUUACUACAAUACCUGCUUUUCUGAUGUGUGUGAGCGGAUGGAGGAGCUCCGGAAACGCCGUGUCUCCCAGGACCUGGAUGUGGAGAAACCCGACGCCAGCCCCACGUCACUUCAGCUGCGGUCCCAGAUCGAAGAGUCUCUAGGCUUCUGCAGCGCCGUGUCAACACCAGAAGUGGAAAGAAAGUACCCUCUCCAUAAAUCAAACUCAGAAGACGGCUGUGUAGGCAAAGGAGAUUGGAAGAAGAAAAACAAAUACUUCUGGCAGAAUUUCCGAAAGAACCAAAAAGGAAUAAUGAGACAGACUUCCAAAGGAGAAGAUGUGGGCUAUGUAGCCAGCGAGAUUACGAUGAGUGACGAGGAGCGGAUCCAGCUGAUGAUGAUGGUCAAGGAGAAGAUGAUCACCAUUGAAGAAGCGCUCGCCAGGCUGAAGGAAUAUGAGGCCCAGCACCGUCAGUCAACCACCUUGGACCCCGCAGACUGGCCUGAUGGCUCCUACCCGACACUGGAUGGCUCCUCCACCUGCAACUCAAGAGAGCAGUCGGAUGAUGACACAGAGGAUUCGGUGAAGUUUAAGAGGUUGCACAAGCUGGUAAACUCUACUCGAAGAGUCAGAAAGAAACUCAUUAGGGUGGAAGAAAUGAAAAAGCCCAGCACAGAAGGUGGAGAGGAACAUGUAUUUGAGAAUUCCCCAGUCCAAGAUGAAAGAUCUGCACUCUACUCUGGAGUGCACAAAAAGCCAUUUUUCUAUGAUGGCUCUCCUGAGAAACCUCCAGAAGAUGAUGCAGACUCUCUCACCCCAUCUCCAUCAUCCAGCAGCCUGGAUACGUGGGGAGCUGGCCGGAAGUUGGUCAAAACCUUCAGCAAAGGAGAGAGUCGGGGCCUGAUUAAGCCCCCUAAGAAGAUGGGGACAUUCUUCUCCUAUCCAGAAGAAGAGAAGGCCCAGAAAGUGUCCCGCUCCCUCACAGAGGGGGAAAUGAAGAAAGGUCUUGGGUCUUUGAGUCACGGGAGAACCUGCAGUUUUGGUGGAUUCGACCUGACAAACCGUUCUCUGCAUGUUGGCAGUAAUAAUUCUGACCCCACGGGUAAAGAGGGAGAUUUUGUGUACAAAGAAGUCAUCAAAUCCCCUUCUGCCUCCCGCAUCUCUCUCGGGAAAAAGGUGAGAUCAGUGAAAGAGACCAUGAGGAAGAGGAUGUCUAAAAAAUACAGCAGCCCGGUCUCAGAGCAGGACUCGGGGCUCGAUGGAAUGCCCAGCUCCCCCGCCUCAGGAAAGCCUGACUCUGAACACGCGGACAAGCCUAAGCUCAAAGCCGGAGGCUCUGUGGAAAGCCUUCGGAGUUCUCUGAGUGGCCAGAGCUCAAUGAGUGGUCAGACAGUGAGCACCACUGACUCCUCCACCAGCAACAGGGAGAGUGUCAAGUCCGAAGAUGGGGAUGACGAAGAGCCACCCUAUCGGGGUCCCUUCUGUGGGCGUGCCCGAGUGCACACUGACUUCACCCCCAGUCCCUAUGACACAGACUCUCUGAAGCUCAAGAAAGGAGAUAUCAUUGACAUAAUUAGCAAACCACCCAUGGGUACCUGGAUGGGCCUGCUGAACAACAAAGUCGGCACGUUCAAGUUCAUCUACGUGGAUGUGCUAAAUGAGGAAGAGGAGAAGCCCAAGCGCCCUACCAGGAGGAGGAAGAAGGGAAGACCAUCCCAGCCCAAGUCUGUGGAGGAUCUCCUGGACCGGAUCAACCUGAAAGAACACAUGCCCACAUUCCUGUUCAAUGGCUAUGAAGACCUGGACACCUUCAAACUCCUGGAGGAAGAAGACUUAGAUGAAUUAAAUAUCAGGGACCCAGAACACAGAGCAGUUCUUCUGACAGCGGUGGAGCUGUUACAGGAAUAUGACAGUAACAGCGACCAGUCCGGUUCUCAGGAAAAGCUGCUGGUGGACAACCAAGGCCUGAGUGGACGAUCCCCACGAGACUCUGGAUGCUACGAAAGCAGCGAGAACCUGGAAAACGCCAAAACUCACAGACCCAGCGUUCUGUCUACCAAGUCGUCCACGGAGUCCAACUUAAAGCCUUUCACCAGGGGUCAGCCAGGCAACUACCCGACAUUGCCUUUAAUUAAAUCAGGGGAGGUGCGCAAGCAGGGAGAGGAGGGUAGACUGGGACGAGGUCUAGCCCCGGACACUGUCAAGUGCUGUGACGCGCCCUCUGUGACUGGUUUGAGUAAAAACCGAAGGAGCCUCCCGGUCUCCAUCUGUCGCAGCUGUGAAACCCUGGAGGGUCCUGAGCCCGUGGAAAGUUGGCCCCGAUCCCAUUCCCUGGAUGACCUUCAGGGAGAUGCUGAUGUUGGCAAGAAUGUGCCUACCGAGAUGCCAGAAACCUGUUCUCAGAAUGUACCCGAAGUGCCACAGAAGACGUCUGCCUGCACCUCCAAGGCUCUGCCCCGAGGCCGAGAUCCCACAGCAGAUGCGUUGCUUCUGCCCCAAAGCAAGAGAUUUUCCGACCCCCCGAAAACAAUGGCUAAGAAACUGGAUGGCUCCGUGGUGGCCUCCAACCUUGGGAUAGCUCCUCCUCAGUGUAUACCCAGAGAUUUCGAGGCCCAGCCUCCUGUUAAACCCGGCUUAACAAGGACGUCUCUUGAGGGUCUCAGAAAAGGACAUGAUCACCACCCCCUGGGCACCAAAGAAGGGGUAGACGGGGAGCAGAGCGCCCCUGAGACCAGGACACAGUCCAGACAUCCGUCGCAGCCCCCUCCUGUGCCAGCCAAGAAGAGCCGAGAGCGCCUAGCCAAUGGCCUGCACCUGGUCCCCAGCCCAGAGGCGCCCAUCCUGCCACUGAAGAAGGCCAGCCCCGCCAGCCCAGUCAGUCCCAGCGACUGCCCCUCUCCCCGGGAACCCAGAUCUUCCUCGGGGACUGAGCCGGGCAGCCCAGCCUGUACGAGACCGCCACCCUGGCUGGCUGAGCUGCCCGAGAGCACCAGCCUGCAGGAGCAUGGUGUGAAACUGGGCCCAGUGCUGAGCAGGAAGGUUUCCUGCGUCCGGGGUGUGGACCUAGAGAUGCUCACGGAGAACAAGCUGCAGGCGGAGGGCAUUGACCUCACUGAGGAGCCCUACUCUGACAAGCAUGGCCGUUGUGGGAUCCCUGAAGCCCUGGUACAGAGAUACGCAGAGGACCUAGAGCAGCCUGAGAGGGAUGUUGCCACCAAUAUGGACCAGAUCCGGGUGAAGCUGCUUCGGAAGCAACAUCGGAUGGCGAUCCCGAGUGGUGGGCUGACGGAAAUCUGCAGAAAGCCCCUCUCUCCCGGAUGUGUUGCAUCCGUGUCGGAUUGGCUCAUCUCUAUCGGCCUGCCCAUGUACACGAGCACCCUUUCUGAAGCAGGGUUCAGCACGCUGAGCCAAGUGCCUUCCCUGUCCCACACUGGCCUUCAGGAGGCCGGCAUCACCGAGGAGAGACACAUAAGGAAACUCAUAACCGCAGCCAGACUCUUCAAACUGCCACCAAGCCCUGAGGCUAUGUAGCCAGGCCGGCCGUGGCCCUCCCGAGACAAGAGCCAGCCUCUCACUGUGCUUAGGAAGCCGAUACAAUCCCUCCACAUCUGCUGGGGUUGACCUGAUUGGGAAGAAAAGUACCCGCUCGGGGCUCACGAACUGCAGGAUUGGGACUCAGAACCGAGGACCCUCUCUUCCGGUAAAACCCUCUUUCCCUGCCCCUCAAGGAAAUCGAGGCGGUUCUCUUUGAUGCCCAAAGGCAAGACAAGCACUUAGUUCCGUUUUCAGGCACUGAAGAGCCAAGACACUGCAAACAGUGUGCGUCCAGUCUGUCUUUGUGCUGUCAGAGGGCUAGGAGGACGAGGCAGCCGGCUCGUGUCUGAUCGUGCCCUUGCGCAUCUGUUGGUCACCCGAUGCCCGAGCCCGAUGGGCUUAGCUAGGCCAAAGCAACAGACUCUGGAGUUACUGUAUACUAUUGACCAUGCUCAUUUGUUCAAAAGCUACAACAGCUGACUCUAUCAAGAACAGAACAGUCCUCCUCUCCUGUAGAUAAACGAGAGACAUUUUAAUUGCUUUCUAGCAAUUAGCUUUUAUUUGCCUUAAUAUAAACUUUUAACCAGUUAUCUAUCUAGUGUCCACAACCCUUACUUAACCCUAUUUCCAGAUUUUCAGCUUAGACUGCCAUCUAACGUGUUUGGGAUGUUUCCAGCAAAAAUAGCCUUUUUUUUAAAAAAAAAAAAAAAACAGUCUCAUUCUAACAUGGCUUAUUUUAGAAGGGUGACUACCAGGCACACGUUUCAUGUUGACUUUUAGUUUUUGAACUAACUAUAAAUUUAGUAAAAGUCGGUCGGGACUCACAGAGGGGCACGUGUGUGUGUGUGUGUGUAGUGACUGCCCUUCAGUCUUCUCCUUUUAGUGAGAGGCUGUCACGGUGGCCAUGGUGUUGUGAGAGGCUGCCAUGGUGUUGUGAGUGGCUGUCACGGUGGCCAUGGUGUUGCAGUAUUUAUGUGAAAUCCUAACCUCAUCCAUUCCCAAAUCUGUUCAUCAACUACCAGAUCACCUUUGCAGAAAGCCAUUGUAAGUUGCAUAUUUCAGAAAGAUUUUUUUUUCUAAAAAGGGAAGUAGUUUACUUACUCAUUUAAAGUUCUUUUUGUUUGUUUUUAAUUUUUUUUUUCGUUUUGGCCGGUUUUAUUAUCUCUCAUUUGUUAUGUAGAUAAUUAUUUUAAUUCAAGCAAAGGUUCAUUAUGGAGCCAGAUAAACCACACCCGCUGGGUGUUAAAUAUUGCAUAUUUUCAACUGGUUUUUCCAACUUUGAUUUCCAUGUAAUCUGCCCUCUUUUUGUCUGGCGUCUGGUUUUCUAGCAGUUGGCACACUUAGACAGGUGCACCUGCUCCAUUGCUUACAAAGUGUUUUUUCUUCACAUUCUUGCAAGCACGAUGUAAAGUCUCCAGUUAUCUUGGAAGCAUUUUGAAUACGAGGCCCGGAUCAGUCCUCCACUAGUUCAUUUGGGUUAUUACAACUUGAUUCCCCUCAGGAGAGAAGGGCAAGUGGUUUUAUGAAUAACAAAGCCAUCCUGGCCAUAUGGUUUAUAUAGCUGCAUCCAUGUCUCUGAGGAAAAUCUCAGGUGAUUCCCCCCACCCCACACACAUUUUAGUAUGCGUUAAAAAAUAAUAAUAUUGUUUGGUUUCCUCACUUCCCUUCGCCUAUUAUUAAAUGCCACGUGGAGCAGUUGAGGCAGGUUAGAAUGAGAAGAGUAAAGGCACUGGGUUCCUAUUGGACUCUUAACAAAGAGGCCUCGAUUAGCUUCCAGGGUCAGGCAUAGGCCACCCAAUGGGUGGGGGUGCAGGGUUCUCUGCCAGUCCAGCACCCAGUCGCAUGCUGUAGUGGGGGUUGGCAUUGGAAAACAGGCUUCUUCUCUUGCUUGUGAAGUAACCCUGGCCUGACCGUGCGACAGACAGCCCUUUUGAUUUUAGCUGAGCGAAGAGAGAGAGACUACGCAAAAGUCACAUUGGAGGUAAUAAGGGAGGAGGAAAAAUCUUUUGGGAAUUUCCAAGUUUCAGUUCAUUCUUGGUGUAGGGUUUCUGUUUUAAGUCAAUCAAGGAGGUCUUGAGAGUGUCAAACAGUAGCUUUUAUCACUCUGGAAAUUGUCGCCUUUGCAUGGAGAAUUAAAUUCAGGGACCACGAGUUUAGUGUGAAUGUCUGAUCUGAAGGGGCUGAGAUUUCUUAUCCCUUCCUUCCUUCCUUCCUUCCUUCCUUCCUUCCUUCCUUCCUUCCUUCCUUCCUUCCUUCCUCUCUCUCUUAUUUGUUUGGUUUUCUUUUGCUUUGAACGUUUCAUUUGGUCUGAGAAAAGCCUGAACAUUAGCGUAUGACUCUGAGGAGACUCGGGGCUGCCUGUGGCUGUUAGCAGACAGGCGGCUGGCUUUAGCAAUAGCCACUUUUGAUCGGUUGCAUUUGGUACAGAAUUUUGAAUGACGGUGAAAAUUGUUGUCUUUGCAAAGCACAAAACUAACCUGGAAAGGCGUUUCGGCUCAGGUAGCUACCCAGAAUGUGUGUGAUUGGUGUGUCUCCACUGUCUGCAGAGAAAGCAGCCGCCCAAACUACUAUUUACAUUCCCAGAUACUGAGAGCAAAUAGCUUUUCAUGGCCUUGCAUAUUUGGGGGCCCUUUUCUCUGUCCCGACCCCAGGUGUGGAUGGAACUGGAAAUGAGUCUUCUGUGAGCAAAGAGUCCUGGACACGGAGGAGUGUGGUUCACAACUGCGGUGGAACACAAAUAGAUUCCCAAGUCACUGCUGUGUGAGGACUGAGUGAGGUUCCCGAAAAAUUCUGACUGUCUUGAGUCCAUGUUAUCUUGAUUUUUUAAAUUGAUAGGGAAAAACCCCACAAACUGUCAAGAAAGUUAUAUGACAACUAACAACAUUGCACUUUCUGUAUAUGAAAUCAAUAUUUAAAUAACUUAUUUUUCUCCAUUGCUAUUCUUAAACAUUGUAAGUAGCUGUAAUAUACCAAUACCAAUACGUUCUUGCAAUUGCUUCAGCCCGAGAAAGCUGUGUAUUGUUUUAAAAUUGUAAAAAAAAAAAAAUAUUGUGAUGAUCCAUUUAAAAAAAAAAAAAACGGAAGGUAGACAGAAGGGUUUUCCUGUGUAUCAAAGCUUGUCUAUAAUUAUGUCACCUAUGUACCUAGGGGGAAAGGUAAAUAAAAUGUCGUCAUCGAA